GACUACAAGCGCGCAGAUACAACUAUCAGGGGUUGUAUCUCGCUACAAAAGCCAUUCAACAGAUGGAGGAUCAUCGUGACUAGUUGUAAACAGCAUUUCGCGACGUCCUACCAUCGUAAAAAUGAUUCUGACUCAUCGGGGCAGCGUCAAUGAUUACUCAUGCUUCACAACAAGGGACGAGAUAUGUACAUAUAGAAGUGCACAAUUAAUGAGAUGCCGCCGCCGCCGCCGCUCUAAGACGCGUGCGCCUUGCGAAUAGUCGCGAUCGCGCUUGUGGCGAGAAUUCGCCGACAAACGGACGGACCACCGCCGGCUCCGGCUGGCUAGCUGGCUGGCGUGGUGCGGCACUCGGGCGUGGUUUUUCACGUCGUCGUGGUGUGCUGCUGCUGCUGCCGGCAUAUACCGAGAACAGAGAGACAGAGAACCGCCCUGACCCACCUCGACCGAUUUGCCGGGGUGUCAGGCAACGACUAUCAGGCGUGACUAGAAGAACGUGCGCAUCACCGGCCGAUCGGGUAGUCGCCAUAGGAUCCAUUUGAACUCGCCGUUGCUGGAUAUAAAAAAGAAAAGAUUACAGAAAGGAGAAAGCUGUGUUCGAAGAGAAACAAAUACUUAAAAGAAGAAAUUCGCCGGCAAUUUUACACUGGCGAAUCGACGACCGGAUUAGCGAUUGUGACCAUUGCGAGUGCGAGUUAAAUGGCACGUCGCGGCGCCGCGGUGACGUCACAAACGCCGCACCUGCAACGUCACAACGAGUCACCGAGACUGUCGUCGCCCUCGUUGUCGUCGUAGUCGCCGGACUGCAUUGUGAGCGAUGACGCCUGCGGAAGUGCAAUGUUAACGAAAAUGUCACCGUCAGUAAGCAAGAGCCAUUUCUCCAGGGACAUAAAAUGAAAUACUAAAUAAUUCGAGCUAAGGAAUUAGUGCCAUGCAGGCCCGUCUAGAUGGAAAGCUAGCGUUGCUGUAUACCUUAUUGGUCCUGCAAGUUCUCAUUGUUAUGAUCUAUGUGGUCACUACUCCACCACCCGAACUAACAGUGUCAACUACUCGUACGUCUGUCAGUUUUGUCAAGUUCGAGACGUCACAGGAACUGCAAAUAAAUCAAGGCAAUCCUAAAAAAUCAAUCUAUCAGACAAUCAAUGGAGAGGUAGUACUGAAGGAUGUCAAGACUUUUAAAUUGUUUGAGAUAUACAAUCAUACCAUAUGCUGGAAAUUUGGGGUAGACCAGCGUAAGAUGAGAAGCAAUGAGCGUCUGGAAAAAUGUAUUUGCAAUCAAGGAUGGCAUGGCUUGGACUGCGGACAGCCAGAGGUCGUGUGGAGGGCGAUUAUGGCGUCGAAGCAGAACAUCAGUCUGAAACGUCGCAAAGAAGCCAGACAUAUUAUUCAUACUUUCUGCCUAAGCGAAUACAAUUCGGCGAUCGCAGAGGUAAUAGUGGAGGAACUCUACGACGUAGUGGAUCUUUUUGUAAUUUGUGAUUUCAACAACGCCGAGGACAAUUUCCGUCACAAACUAUCCAAAGGGCUGCUGCAGCGGCAGCAAAAGAAGAUUUUGUACGUUAACGUGACGACCAAGUCACGCAAGCCGUCGAGGAUAGUGGCGAAAUAUGUCUGGGACCGAGUCAGAGCUGUGGUGCAGAACUUAAGGGACGACGAUAUCUACGUGACGACGGAGCCGGAGCAGAUACUGAAUUCCAGGGCAUUAAUGUUCCUCAAGAUGUACGACGGUUGGCCUCAGCCUAUAGGAUUUAGAUUAAGGUGGUCAGUGUACGGUUUUUUCUGGCAGCAUCCGCUCAAGACAACGAUAAUGCUCGGCGCGUACACAAUCGGCCUGAUGCGAAAUGCCUAUCAAUCCAACUCUGUCGUGCUGCGCCGACAGUUGGACGGGGACGCUAGCGAGAGAGAUAUUUUGGGAUUAGUCAUAGGGGAUCUGAAUCACUAUGGCGGCUGGUAUUGCUACCUAUGCCAAGCGCCCGCUAAUAUUAUUAUCGGUCUUCACAGUAAAAUCCAGUCCAAGGAAAUAGAUAUAGAGAAGACUGUCGACGUGCCGUUCGUAGAGGACCUAAUAGGUAGCGGACUAUGGUUAGACGGUAAAAGCAAUCUCCUGAGAGUCUCCAAAUCAAGGGAUUCCUACUUUGCGCCUGAAACGAUUCUUAACAACACGUGGAAGUACGACUGGCUGGUAGAGAACUUCUACGCUAAACUAGAUUACUACUGACGUACUGGUUACACCCGACUGUGAUAUUAACUCAUACUCAAUACAUUAUGUACACCAUGUAAUAUUAUACUGGAUUUAUACACAUAAAAUAUUAUGUUGACGAAAUAUACAUGUUAAAUGGUUUAUACAUAUAA